AUGAGCGAUCCGGUAUCCUACAGCGGCGCUACCACGCCAGCUGACCACACUGCAGCUCCCACACCAGAGACUCGCAGCGUUGGUAAUGGCCAGCACUCAAUCAAUAUGCACGACGCAUCUAACCCUCAUGACGGCCAUGUCGACGUUGAGAGCGCUAAAGCCGAGUUUAGCAGGUUGCAGACGUCUCUCAGUCGUCAAUCCGAAGCCACCCGCCAGCACAGCCAGGAGCCCAAUGACAUCGAGGCGGGACAGAAGGCCAACGAUGAUGACGACGAAGACUUCGACCUUGUUCAGUAUCUUCGCUCGGUCCAGUCCGAGAACUCUCAGGCUGGCAUCAAAUCCAAACACAUCGGUGUCUCCUGGUCUGAUCUCGAGGUGCUUGGAAACGACUCUAUGUCGCUCAACAUCAAAACCUUCCCCGACGCUAUCACCGAAACUUUCGUCGGUCCCAUUUUCUAUAUCUUGAACCGACUCAAGAAGAACCGCGGACGCAAACUCCUCCAAAACUUCACUGGUGUCGCAAAGCCCGGUGAGAUGGUCCUCGUCGUCGGUCGUCCAGGUUCCGGUUGCUCCACCUUCCUCAAGACCAUCGCCAACCAUCGCGGAGGGUACAUCGGUGUCAAUGGUAACGUCAAGUACGGUGGCAUCUCUAGCCAAGAGUUUGCUAGCAAGUAUCAGGGUGAAGCUGUCUACAACGAGGAGGAUGACUUCCACUUCCCAACGCUCACAGUAAAGCAGACGCUCGAGUUUGCUCUCAGCCUCAAAAGUCCCGGAAAGCGUCUUCCUCAUCAAACUGUCCAAUCGCUCAACGAAGAAGUGCUGACCACCUUCCUCAAGAUGCUUGGCAUCCCGCAUACCGCCGACACUCUCGUGGGCUCGGCAGUGGUACGAGGUGUGUCGGGUGGUGAGCGCAAGCGUGUCAGUAUCGCGGAGUGCAUGGCGAGCAGAGCCGCUGUCGUUAGCUGGGAUAACGCGACCCGCGGUCUCGAUGCCUCCACCGCUCUCGACUACGCCAAAUGCAUGCGCGUCUUCACGGACAUCCUCGGUCUCACCACCUUUAUCACGCUCUACCAACCUGGUGAGGGUAUUUGGGAGCAGUUCGACAAGGUCAUGGUCAUCGACGAAGGUCGCUGCGUCUACUACGGUCCACGAACCAAGGCUCGUCAAUACUUCCUCGACUUGGGCUUCAAAGACUAUCCUCGUCAGACUUCGGCCGAUUUUUGCUCUGGCUGUACCGAUCCCAAUCUCGACCGCUUUGCCGAGGGUCAGGACGAGACCACCGUGCCUGCGACUUCGCAGCGCCUCGAGGAGGCUUACCAAAAGUCUUCUAUCUACCAGGACAUGCUCCGCGAAAAGCAAGAGUACGAUGCCCAGAUCGAAGCAGACCGCUCCGCCGAGCAAGAAUUCCGACAGGCUGUCCUCGAAGACAAGCACAAGGGCGUGCGGCCCAAGAGUAUCUACACCGUCAGCUUUGCUCGUCAAGUUCAGGCUCUCACCGUUCGUCAGAUGGAGAUGAUCCUGGGUAAUCGCUUCGACAUCUUCGUCUCGUUCGCGACCACGAUCAUCAUUGCCCUCUUUAUCGGAGGUGUUUUCCUCAAUUUGCCUCAGACUGCCGCUGGUGCGUUCACUCGAGGAGGUGUUCUCUUCAUCGGUCUCCUUUUCAAUGCCCUCACCGCCUUCUCCGAGCUUCCAACCCAGAUGGGAGGUCGUCCGGUGCUGUUCAAGCAGAUGAACUACGCCUUCUAUCGUCCCUCUGCUCUGAGCUUGGCGCAGCUCUUCUCCGACAUCCCUCUGUCCAUCAGUCGUGUCAUUCUCUUCUCGAUCAUCCUUUACUUUAUGGCAGGGCUCCAACGCUCGGCAGGCGCAUUCUUCACCUUCUUCCUCUUCGUAUACUUUGGCUACCUCGCCAUGUCGGCACUCUUCCGACUCUUCGGUACCGUCUGCAAGUCGUACGAUGUAGCUGCGCGUCUCGCUGCCGUCAUCAUUUCUGGUUUGGUCGUCUUUGCAGGCUACGUGAUUCCACGUGACGCCAUGUAUCGAUGGCUUUUCUGGAUCUCGUACAUCAACCCGCUCUACUUUGCGUUCUCGGGUCUCAUGAUGAACGAAUUCAAGGAUCUGUCUUUUGCCUGCGUCGGAUCGUACGUCGUUCCGAGAAACCCUGCUGGUAUGACUCAGUAUCCGGAUAACGUCGGUCAAAAUCAGGUUUGCACGCUUGCUGGCGCUAGAGCAGGCCAGCAAUUCGUCGCUGGCAACGACUACCUCCGAGCAAGCUUCGGCUACGACUCGGGUGAUCUCUGGCUCUACUUUGGCAUCACCGUCAUCUUCUUCGUCGGAAUCGUCGGCAUCACCAUGGUGGCCAUCGAGGUCUUCCAGCACGGCAAAUAUUCGAGUGCGCUUACCAUCGUCAAGAAGCCCAACAAGGAGGAGCAGAAGCUCAACCAGCGUCUCAAGGAGCGAGCCACGAUGAAGGAGAAGGACUCUAGCAAGCAGCUCGACGUCGAGUCCAAGCCUUUCACCUGGGAGAAGCUCUGUUACGAGGUACCCGUCAAGGGUGGAAAGCGACAGCUGCUCGACAAUGUCUACGGCUACUGCCGACCGGGUACUUUGACCGCUCUGAUGGGUGCCUCCGGUGCCGGAAAGACGACUCUUCUCGACGUUCUUGCCGAUCGCAAAUCCAUCGGUGUCAUCAGCGGAGAUAGGCUUAUCGACGGGAAAAAGAUCGGCAUCGAGUUCCAACGUGGCUGCGGUUACGCAGAGCAGCAGGACAUCCACGAAGGCACCGCUACCGUUCGCGAAGCUCUUCGAUUCAGUGCUUACCUUCGCCAGCCCGUCAGUGUGCCCAAAGAAGACAAGGAUGCCUACGUCGAGGACAUCAUUGAGCUGUUGGAGAUGCAAGACAUCGCUGACGCUAUGAUCGGUGUUCCCGAGUUCGGUCUUGGUAUUGGUGACCGCAAGCGCGUGACCAUCGGAGUCGAGCUCGCCGCUCGUCCGGACCUGCUGCUCUUCCUCGACGAACCCACCUCCGGCUUGGACGGUCAGACGGCGUACAACGUGGUACGAUUCCUCAAGAAGCUGGCUGCAUCGGGUCAAGCCAUCCUGUGCACAAUUCACCAACCCAAUGCUCUUCUCUUCGAACAGUUCGAUCGCUUGCUGCUCUUGGAGCGCGGUGGAAAGACCGUCUACUUUGGUGACGUCGGUCCCAACGCCAAGCACAUCGUCAAGUACUUUGCCGACCGAGGUGCUCAGUGUCCCGACAAGGUCAACAUGGCCGAGUACAUGCUCGACGCUAUCGGUGCUGGUUCCAUGAAGCGGGUCGGAAACAAACCUUGGUCCGACGUAUACAAGGAAUCGGAUCUCUUCCAACAAAAUCUGGCCGAGAUCGAAAAGAUCAAGUCGGAAAGCAACAGCUCCUCUUCGCACACAUCUCAGGAGACUCAUAGCAAAGAGUACGCCACGCCCUUCUUCUUCCAGGUGAGGACGGUUUUGCAGCGCGCUCUGCUCAGCACAUGGAGGCAGCCGGACUACCAAUUCACUCGUCUCUUCCAGCACGCUGCCAUCGCACUCAUCACCGGUCUCUGCUUCCUCAACCUAAGCAACUCGGUCGCUUCGCUCCAGUACCGCAUCUUUGGCAUCUUCAUGGCCACCGUGCUGCCCGCAAUCAUCUUGGCUCAGAUCCAGCCGUUCUUCAUCAUGGCACGCAUGGUGUUCAUCCGAGAAGAUUCGAGCAAGAUGUACAGCGGAACGGUUUUUGCCAUCGUGCAGAUCAUCCAAGAGAUUCCGUUCGGCAUCCUGUCUUCGGUGGUGUACUUCCUGCUGUUCUACUACCCGACUGGAUUCCAGUUCGCUUCUGAUCGAGCAGGAUACUUCUUUGCCAUGCUCAUGGUCACCGAGCUCUUCGCUGUGACGCUCGGUCAGGCGAUCGCAGCGAUCUCUCCUUCGAUCUACAUCGCUUCGCUGUUCAACCCAUUCCUGAUCGUCAUCAUGGCGUUGCUGUGCGGUGUCACGAUUCCGUACCCGAACAUGCCCAAGUUCUUCCGUUCGUGGCUGUACUGGGUCAACCCUCUGACGUACCUGGUGUCGGGUCUCAUCACCAACGAGAUGCACGAUCUGAUCGUCGAAUGCACCAGCACCGAGUUUGCCCGUUUCCAACCUCCCACCGGCGAAACGUGCAGAGCGUGGGCUUCUUCUUUUGUCGACGCCUUCGGCGGCUACCUGCAAAACCCAGACGCCACCUCGGACUGCCAGUACUGCCAGUACCGCAGCGGCGACCAGUUCUUCGCCGGUCUCGAAAUCAAGUUCUCCCAACGCGGCAGGAACAUCGGCAUCAUGAUCGCCUUCAUCGCCUUCAACGCCUUUGUCACCAUCCUCGCUUCGCGCUUCAUCAAGUACGCCAACCGCUAA